GCGCACUCAGGGUGGUUCCGGUGAGUACGACAGCGGCCCGCAUCACAUUGCGCAGAGCACCUGCCCGAACGGUUAUCGCCGUCGCGAACAUGUCGGUGUCGGCAGCCUCCAUCCGACGCUCCAACCUAGGCGAGGGACCUCACUGGGACCCUGCCUCCAAGACGCUUCUCUACGUCGAUGCACCUGUGGGAGACCUGUGCCGACUGGACGUGGUCACACGCGAUACGUCGGGAGUCCACUUUGACGGUCUGGUCACCAUCGCUAUUCCGUACAAAUCCGACCCGAACCUGAACGUCAUCACGUUCGACAGGGAACUCCGCAAGUUCGACUGGACCACUUCUCAAUCCGAAGUGCUCGUUGAGGUGGACAGCGACAAGCCGACAAACAAAUUCAAUGAUGGAAAAUGCGACGUCACUGGUCGGCUCUGGGCUGGAACGACCGGCAAGCACAAGGACGAACACUUGCUCGAGAAAGAGAACGGUUCGCUCUUCAGCAUCGACCCAGCCACGCUGAAGGUGACCAGCCACGUGAGCAAGGUCAAUCUGUCCAACGGCAUGACCUGGUCACCGGACAAUCGAAGCAUGUUCUACGUUGACUCAUUCACGCGUAGCGUCUACUCGUUCGGCUUCGAGGCCACCAGCGGGCAGCUGUCAAACAGGCAGGUGCUGGUGGACUUCAACGCAAAGGAAGAGUACAAAGACUGCGGAUACCCCGACGGAAUGACCGUAGACACGAACGGCAAAUUGUGGCUCGCCUGUUAUGCGGCAGGAAGGGUCAUCAACAUCGAUCCCGAAACAGGAAAGCUGCUCCGGAUCGUUUCUCUACCGGUUUCAAACACCACGUCUUGCUGCUUCGGCGGCGAGAACUACGACGAGCUGUUCGUCACCUCUGCCUGGAAGGGACUGACGCCGGAAAAGCAUCGUGCCGAACCGCUGGCGGGAUCGGUCUUUAGGGUCACCGGCCUGGGAGCCAAGGGUUUCGAGGCACAUGCCUUCAACCGCUAAGACAACAUGCUCAGAAGUUUGCAAAUCCGAGAGAGAU